AUGGCCUCCUAUGCCCACCUCGUGCGCCUCCUGCUCGUCGCGUUUCUUGUUGCCGCCGGCUGGGGCUGGGCCACCGCGGCGAACGACACGCAGAGGUUCCGGCCCGGCGACGAGCUCCGGCGGUACAGGAGGGUGCAGGCGCUGCUCAAGAGGCUCAACAGGCCGGCGCUCCGGACCAUCCAGGCACGUGCGUGCACCUCUCCUCCUCUGCUCUUGCAUUGCUUGCUCUCUUUGUUUCGUUGCCGAUGUGUCUGUGUCUGUGCGUUCAUUAUUUGCAAUGACGACACUGACAGUGACCUUGCUUGCUCGGUUGUCGGCGUGUCUGUCUGUUUUCAGAGCCCCGACGGCGACCUCAUCGACUGCGUGGCGGCGCACCUGCAGCCGGCCUUCGACCACCCAAGGCUGCGCGGGCAGAGGCCACUGGCGGACCCGCUGGCGAGGCCCAAGGGACACCACCACCGCCGCUUCCCCAGCAAUGACACCACCGCGGACGCCGGCGUCCAGCUGUGGGCGGCGUCCGGGGAGGCGUGCCCGGAGGGGUCCGUGCCCAUCAGGCGGGUCACGGAGUCGGACGUGCUCCGCGCCAGCUCCGUCAGGCGGUUCGGCAGGGCGCCCGCAGGCAGGGUGCGGCGCGACUCCGUCUCCGGCGGCCACGAGCACGCGGUAGGGUACGUGGCCGGCGACGAGUACUACGGCGCCAAGGCGAGCAUCAACGUGUGGGCGCCGCAGGUGAGCACGGCGUCGGAGUUCAGCCUGUCGCAGAUCUGGGUCAUCGCGGGCUCCUUCGGCAACGACCUCAACACCAUCGAGGCAGGGUGGCAGGUCAGCCCGCAGCUGUACGGGGACAACGCGCCAAGGUUCUUCACAUACUGGACGACGGACGCGUACCAGACCACCGGGUGCUACAACCUCCUCUGCUCGGGGUUCAUCCAGACCAACAGCCGCAUCGCCAUGGGCGCCGCCAUCUCGCCCACCUCCGCCUACAACGCCGGCCAGUUCGACAUCAGCCUGCUCGUCUGGAAGGACCCGAACCACGGCAACUGGUGGCUGGAGUUCGGCUCCGGCGAGCUGGUGGGGUACUGGCCGUCGCUGCUGUUCAGCCACCUGGCGUCGCACGCGAGCAUGGUGCAGUUCGGCGGCGAGGUGGUGAACACGCGCGCGUCGGGGUCCCACACGGCCACGCAGAUGGGCAGCGGCCACUACGCCGGGGAAGGCUUCGGCCGGGCCUCCUACUUCCGCAACCUGGAGGUGGUGGACUGGGACAACAGCCUCGUCCCGCUCGCCGCCGGCUUGCACGUCACCGCCGACCACCCCAACUGCUACGACAUCCAGGGCGGCGUCAACGCCGUCUGGGGAAACUACUUCUACUACGGCGGCCCCGGCAGGAACGUCAGGUGCACCUAG